CGGUGGACGCGUAUGGCAGCGGCCAAGCGAUCGAACGCUCUUACUAUUUCUACUUGGAAUCGAGCCUUCGUUCAUCCAAUCUGCCAGCUUCUCGCCAGACUUCUCGCGCCGCUUUAGUAACCGAAUCGCCUUCACCGUGCACGGAUUCUCGCGUAUUCUUCGACACGGUGUUAAAACCGAUGGGUUUCGAAUUGACAGGUAAAGCAGAAACUCGAAGAAAUUCGAUGCAGCGAUUGGCUGAUCGCUGCGGGAACAACUAAAGAGUGGAAAGUGUAUCGGAAACGUUGCAGCGAGUUUUCUGUCGGAGAAGCAAAGUCUGUCCGACCGAGCGGUUCCGUUCAGUUUGUGCUUCAAAGGAACGGACAGCGAAGGGAAAGAAAGGAAAGUAAAGAAAAGGAAAGGAAAGCAGAGGGCGGAUAGAGAGAGGCGGUUGAAUCCUUCGCGGCAUGGUACACUACGGAUGCGCGAAAACCGACAGCGGUGGAGUCGAGUGCUUCGUUGAGUUCAAGGACUCCUCGGUGGCACGCGUGGAAACGAUGGACGACAACAAGGUCGGCGCAAUGACGAGAUUCGUCGAAGUGAUCGCGACCAUAGGGUCGUUUUUACUAGUGCUCGUUACGUUUCCUUUCUCGCUGUGCUUCACGUUCAAGGUCGUGCAGGAGUACGAAAGAGCCGUUGUAUUCAGAAUGGGAAGGUUGAAGAGCAGCGCUUACGGCCCAGGGACGUUCUUCGUGAUGCCAUGCGUGGACAACUGUGUGCGCGUCGACCUGAGGACGGUGUCGUUCGAUGUUCCACCGCAGGAAGUUCUCACCAAAGAUUCCGUCACGGUGAGUGUCGACGCGGUCAUCUACUACCGCAUAAAGGAGCCACUGAAUGCCGUAAUCAAGAUAGCCAAUUACAGUCACUCUACUCGAUUACUGGCUGCUAGUACACUGAGGACGGUACUCGGUACGAGGAACUUAGCGGAGAUCCUCUCGGAACGUGAAACCAUUUCCCACACCAUGCAGACGUCUCUGGACGAAGCUACGGAUCCUUGGGGUGUCAAGGUCGAACGCGUGGAAAUAAAGGACGUUCGACUUCCGGUGCAGCUGCAACGAGCCAUGGCCACGGAGGCGGAAGCCGCAAGGGAGGCACGGGCCAAAGUGAUUGCAGCGGAAGGAGAGAUGCUGGCUUCCCGUGCUCUGAAAGAGGCCAGUGAUGUCAUCUCCAUGAGUCCAGCUGCUCUUCAGCUACGAUAUCUACAAACACUGAGCAACAUAUCUGCGGAGAAGAAUUCGACCAUCAUCUUUCCCUUACCGGUCGAGUUUUUGGCUCCGUUCUUUACUAACAAUUUCCAUCCAAGCGCAAUUCAAGAAGCUGUUCGAACGUCGUCGGAGCAGCUGUGCUCGAAGCAGCUCAAGGUUCAGCCCGACAUCCACUCAAACGCAGACAAUAUCGACGUGUCAAAGUGAAGAGGUGUGUCAAACUUCGAUUAUCCUUAGCAAAUUUCGCCAACUUCGAACGGUAUGUCGGAUUAAUUGGGGUGACCUUUGAUCCAAUUCACUGGUAAGCAGAUACGCUCGAUUGGAAACCGAUACGAGCAUACGCGAGACUCGACGCGUUUGUUGGUCGUCAAAGCGUCGCGCCACCCUUUAGCUAAAAUCUCUCUUUCGUUUCGCGCGAUUUUGAUGCGUAGGAACGACAGACGCGCGACCAGAAACGCGACAAACUUCGACAAAUAAACAUGUAAACUUGUAACUCGUCACCGGGCUCCCUGUUCCAUCUCCGAGCCUUUACGCGACGAAAAGGAGCGAGCUCGACUUUUUCAACGAACGACUGCGACGGAAAGAUACGUUGGCGGAAGCACGUUCGUAUUAGAAUUUUUCUUCUGCGCGAGGAAGAGAAAACGCACGUAAGUUGAAAAUUUCGAGUUCGUCGUUCGUAACGACCGAUUGCGAUAGAAAGACGCAUCGGUAUAUAUAAAUUUAUGGUUUUGGAAUGAUCGCAGCUUACAAUGACAGUGCCUAGAAAAGUAUUCCCACGUACCCUGAUUUCUCAACUAAACGUUUUCUUCUAUCAGAUUUCAUUUCGUUUUAGUACCAAAUUUUUGUGGUCACGCGAAGAUAUUACCGAAUACGAAAUUUGAUAUAUUCGAUCCGAUCGCUGAUCUUAGUUGCCAAGCCAAUAUUAUAAUUUGCACGCGAAUUUACCACUUACCGAUAUGUUCCGUGCAUUAAUUCUUUCAGAGUUCUACGGAUAUAUAUAUAUAUAUAUAUAUGAGCUUUGAAAAAUUGUCGAUCGCGCGAUACGAAUCUAUUUAUGCGUCUGCGUGCAGCAGUAUGAGUGUCGAAUAUUAUUUUUACGUCUGGCUUUACAAAUUAAAAAUAAAAGCAGCAAUAACGAAUUCUGUAAAAUCUACGCUUACAGGUAUUCGGUUUAUCGGACUUUUUCUCUCGUGAAUGUAGAAUUCAUUACAAGUGAUUUAAUACACGUUCAAGUUUUAGCAUUUUGGCAUUCGAAUACGUGUAAUUUCAAGCGUGGUCGAUAUCGUUUCAAUCAAAAGCGAGAAAUUAUUCCAUCAUUGUGAAAAAUAAGCGGCGUAUAAUAAACUCGUGUCAUCAGAUAUCUUGGGGCUUGGAACAGUUAACAGGAGCAAACAAAAACAUAUUAUUAAUUGAUCAAAGGGAUAACAUUUCCAUCGAAUGAAAGAUGAGUUACAUUGAAUUUAUAUUUAACGUCUCCAUGAAGUAUAUUUAAUGUUAAGUGGUUACUGAAGUGCGAGUAGAUAAGCUACCUCUACCAUUUUCGUAUUAAUUAUGUACGCGAUGUGUGCCGUAAAAUUAAAUUUUACACAGUUUCAAGCGUGCUUUAAACAUUUUUCAAAAUAAGCAUCUCGUGCUCCUUUCGACGCUCGGCUAUCCCUUUCACAAAUAUAAAUCCAAAUUUUCGAUAAUUAUAGGAUCAUUUUUACCAACACGAUAAUUCUUACCGAGCAUGAAAUAUAUACGACUUGCUAAUGCAUAUUUUUAAUUAAAAAAUUGCAAGCAGGGUAUUACUUUAGAAAUGACAGGGUGUUGAUUAAUUAAUUUUCAUCUUUUCAAACAAGAUAUUAAUUUACAAGUAGCCUCUGCAGCCCAAGAUUAAAUUGUACCCAUAAAAUACAUAUGGUUCUGUACACAUCGACGAAUGUCGCUAUCUAAAAGUUUAAUUAAUCUACCUAACACAUACACGUCUAUCUGAAAAGUAGCAAGAUCAUCGAUAUAUUAAUCAAGCACUGGUCAUAUUUGUUAAAACCAUUCGUCCGAUUCGAAAUGUCGUAUUUUCGCUCAUCGUCGAUACAACGCCAGGAAUGGCUAUCGAUAAAUAGCAAAUAGAUCUCUGGGUUUAUUUCUUUCGUUUCGCUCGUAUGCGAUUAGCGUUUACUUGUAUGGGUGAAACGUCUUCGCUACGAAUCUUCUAUUGCAAUUCUAUUUGGGAUUUUAACGAUAAGAAGAAGUAACGAUAAUAUUAAAGUAGUUCAUCCGAGCCAGCAGAAGAUACAAAGAUCGGAAAACGAAAAUGGGCUUUUAUUUUCCUCGAGUGGUUUCCGCGUGAGCAAACGUAACUUGGAAACGACGGUAAGAAUGAAGACGCGAUAAGAUGAAAUUAUUUUCCCGGCAGACUGCUGGCAAUCAGGUAAACCGUAGAAACAAAUACUCGUACGCGCGCGAUUAACGACUUGCGUGGAAUCGCUCGUUAAGCCGCGAAA